AUGCCAAAAAGAAAAAGGAGUCCACAAAAAAUAACUGAAGUACCAACAAAAAGCAGUAAAAUGUAUUCUAUAUUUGAAAAGAAUAUACCAAAAAAAAUAAAUGGAACAUGGUAUUGUGAUGAUAAAAUAUGGGUUUAUAGUUAUCUUGAUGUAAAAGCAAGUAAAAAAAUUGCUGGUUUUGACUUAGAUCAUACUAUUAUUAAACCAAUUGGUGGGGAUGUCCAUCCAAAACACGACAAUGAUUGGGAGUUUUUUUUUGACAAUAUUGUUACCAAAUUUAAAGAAUUAAAAGAUGAAGGAUUUAAAAUUGUUAUAUUUACAAAUCAAAAGGCAAUUUCAUCUAAAAGAAAAACACAUAUUAACUUAAAAAAACGUAUUGAAAAUAUUAUGGAAAAAAUAAAUAUACCAUUACAAGUGUUUAUUUCUACUGGUCAUCCUAAAUUUAGAAAACCAUCAAGAGGAAUGUGGGAUUUAUUAUGUAAUGAAUAUAAUGAUGAUAUUUGUGUAGAUCUUUCUGAUUCAUUUUAUGUUGGUGAUGGUGCUGGUAGAUUAGAUGGACCUUCACCACUUAGAAAAGAUUUUACUGAUAGUGAUAAGUUAUUUUCACUAAAUAUUGGAAUUGAUUUUAAAACACCAGAAGAAUUUUUUAAAAAAAUGAAGUAUAAAGGUGCUUAUUAUGAUGUACUAUUUAAUCCAAAAAAUUUAUUCAAUAUUUCAUCACCACUUUUAAUACCUGAGAAUUCAAAGAUAACAUCAGAUGAAAAAGAAAUUUUAGUGCUUGUUGGUAUAAUGGGAUCUGGAAAAUCGUUUUUUGUAACAAAAUAUCUUAAUAUUGAUAAUUAUCAUGUAAUCAAUGACUCUAAAAAACUUAAAAGUAAUAUUUUUCAAAAUCCAGUAACUGCUAUCGAAGAAAUUUUAAAUUCAGGAAAAAAUAUUGUUGUUGAUGAAGAAAAUCUAGAAAAAUUGACUCGAAAAUUUUGGAUUGAUAUAGCUAAAAAAUUAAAAAUAAAUAUUCGAUGCUUUUAUUUUGACCUAUACAUAUAUCAUUGUUGUCAUAAUAUAGCUUAUAAACAAAUUAUUGGUGAAUGCAAAUAUGAUCCAACUACAAAAUCACAAGUUAAACGUAGUCAAAAAAUGCUAGAACCACCAAUAUAUGAAGAGGGUUUUAAGGAUAUAAUAAAAGUUAAUUUUCAUCCUCAUUUUGAAAACAAAGAAUAUGCAAAUAUUUACAAAAGCUAUUUGCCACUAUAA